AUGGGAAAAGGCAGGAAGUAUACCCUCCCCCCCUCCGUCCCUCCCCCCCUCUGUCCCCCUCCUCUGUCCCUUCCCCUCUGUCCUUUCCCCCUCCUUUCCCUCCCCCUCUGUUUUCCCCCACCUCUGGCACUCCCCCCGUUGAUCCCUCCCCCCCACUGUCCCUCCCCCUGUGUCCCUCCCCUUCUGUCCAUUCCCCCCUCUGUCCCUCCCCCCAUCUGUCCCUCCCCCCCUGUCUCUCCUCCUCUGUCCCAUCCCCUCGGAGAGAAUGAGGGAGGAAGUGCAGGAGCAGGAGCAGGUGGGAGUGGAGACAAAGGGUGUGCCCGAGAGAGGAGGGGUACACGGGUGGGAGAGGAGAGGCACAUGGGGAAAGCGAUGGCUCACCUGGUGUGUGGCGCUCACCUAUCUGUGGAUGGGGGUAAACAUGGCGGAGGGUGGGGGGAAGCAGGGCAGAGGGAGGGGGAAUGCAUGGCAGAAGGAGGAGGGAAGCAGGGCGGAGGGAGGGGGGAAGCAAGGCAUAGGGAGGGGGGAAACAGGGAGGAGGGAGGGGGGAAGCAUGGAGGAGGGAGGGGGGAAGCAGGGAGGAGGGAGGGGGGAAGCAGGGAGGAGGGAGGGGGGAAGCGCGGAGGAGGGAGUGAGGAAGCACGGGGGAGGGAUGGGAGAAGCAGGGAGGAGGGAGGGGGGAAGCAGGGAGGAGGGAGGGAGGAAGCAGGGAGGAGGGAGGGGGGAAGCAGGGAGGAGGGAAGGGGGAAGCGCGGAGGAGGGAGUGAGGAAGCACGGGGGAGGGAUGGGAGAAGCAGGGAGGAGGGAGGGGGGAAGCAGGGAGGAGGGAGGGAGGAAGCAAGGAGGAGGGAGGGGGGAAGCAGGGAGGAGGGAGGGGGGAAGCAGGGCGGAGGGAGUGGGGAAGCAGGUGAGGCAAAGGAGAAUAGAUUGGGGGGUAAAUAG